AUGGCAGAUGCAUUUGAGAAGUCGCUAGAUGAGAUCAUUGGUGAUUCGAGGGACCAUUCGAGAAGACAGAGAAGUGAACGUCCUCGUCAAAGACAAGACCGUAGGGAUCGCAGAGAUGUGGAUCUAGAGAGAGGACCACGUAGAGGUGGCUCGAACAGCUACAGGGAGAGAGAAUAUAAGCCACGUGAGACUAAACUACAGAGGCUAAGUGGUGGUGAGCCAUAUAUCAAGAUUUCGAAUCUGUACUACGAGCUGACACAGCAAGACGUUGAGGAGCUGCUUGAAAGAAUUGGGAAGACCAGAUUUGUCCUUGUUGAGUUUGCCAGGGAUGGACGUAGCAGUGGUGUAGCAUACGCCUCCUAUGAGAACCCGGACGACAACAUCACUGCCGUGAACAAGUUUGACGGUAAGAAGGCUGCCAAUCAGAUCAUUGACGUUGAGUUGAUCAAACCACUUGUCAUUGGAGGAUUCAACCGUAGCAGGGAGAGACAUAACCCAAGAUCAAGAAGACCGAGACCAAAGAAGGCAACAGCAGAAGACUUGGACAAGGAGCUCGAGCAGUACAUGGACAACAAGCCAUUCCCUGCUACAACAGAGUGA